AGGUCAAAACCAACAUGGCGGCCGCGGCGGCGAAAACUGGGGGAGGGAGACUUGCCGGGACUAUAGCUCUGGUUACAGGUGGCGGGAACGGUAUCGGGCGCGCCGUGUGCCAGACGUUUGCCAGGGAGGGCGCGGCAGUUGCCGUGGUGGACGUGAACCAGCCGGCGGCGCAGGAGACGCUGGAGUCGCUGCCUGCUGUACCGCACGGGCCGCACCAGCUGUACACAACGGACGUGUCGUCUUCUGUAGCCGUCAACAAACUGGUUACUGACAUUUGCUCAGAUUACGCCACGCCGCCCAACAUAGUAGUGACGUCAGCAGGCAUACUCAGGUACGCCCCCUUUCUGGAGGUUGAUGAACAGCACUUUGAUGACGUCAUUGGCGUAAAUCUAAAGGGCACGUUCCUGGUAGCCCAAGCCUUUGCCAGACUGAUGGUGGAAAGAAAACUACAGAACUGUUCCAUCUGCACGUUCUCGAGUUUCUCUCGGAGAUUGGGCACGGCCAACCGAUCGCCCUACAACACCACCAAAGGUGCCGUCAUGGCUCUCACCAAAUCCAUGGCUGUAGAACUCGCACAAUACAACAUCCGGUGUAACACAGUCGUCCCGGGAAGUAUCAGUACGGAGAUGGUCAGGAAGAACCGCACACCUGAGGAACUUCAGCAGCGGAUACAGGCCAUUCCCCUGCAGCGGGUUGGCGAACCAGAAGGUAAUUUCCUGCUUAUUAUUCAUGUCAUCAUAUCAUCAUAUCAUAUCACCGCUCCAAGUCCCAAUCCAACAGCGGGCCACCUCGUUGAGGUGGCGAACCUGGUCUUGUUUCUAUCGUCCAGUGAGGGCAGCUACAUGACUGGGCAGGCCGUAGAGAUCACGGGUGGACUGUAG